AGCCUGAAGGGAAACUCCAGCUCACUUCAACCUGAGAGACUCUCCCAACAGCAGCUGCUCGCUCCACAGCUCCUCAUCCACAUUUUCAUCAACUCCAUCCUCCUCCUUCCUCAGGUGUCCCCCCAUGGCGGCCUCCCCAAAGUCCUCCAGCACAGCAAAGAACUUGCUGAUAGGCGUGUUGGCGCUGUGGUCCAUCAUCUCGCUCGUUGUCAUCGUGGUGUGGGCGACGUCUCCCGACCUGAAGGGCUCGGCCCAGUGCCGUGCCGAGCUGCAGGAGGCGACGGAGAAGCUGGAGGGAGCCAAGGUGGUGUUCAACAAGAACAAGGUGGCUCUGGAGGAGAUGGUGGAGGAGGAGAGGGAGAAGCAUGCCCGUCAGCAAGCUGAGAUCCUGUUGCUGCUGGGACACCUCAACGCCACCAACGCUACACUGGAGGAGUGUCGGCAGGAAAACGUCGUCCUGAACGGGAACAUCACCCUCCUGCAGGAGCACAUCGAGCAGCUGCGUCAGAAAGAGGCAAACCUCACGGCUCAAAUCAGCCUCCAGGAAGAACACAUCGAGGCUGUGGAGCACAACGUGACUCAGGCCAUCUAUCAGAUCGAGUCCUGCGUCAGGGAGAAGGCGGUGGCCGACAGCCAGAUGGCGUUGGCUCAGACUAAUACCAAAGCCUGCAAGUCCAACGAGCAGCGCCUGGAGAAACAGCUUGACAAGUGUAAAAGCGCUGAAUCCGAAGUGCCUCAGCAGACGCAGCCGCAGGAGGCCGCUCCACCCAAGUCGGCCGCCUCCCGCCUCGCUGGCGUUCCUGUGUUGACGCUGCUCAUCUGCAGCUCUCUGCAUCUGAGAACCUGAGCUCGGUACGGCGGACGGUCGCACCAACGGCGAGCACCGCGGUCCAGGAGGGGGCGGAGCCUGGACCGACACAAUGACUGCUGUACAGACUUCCCGCAACAAGCAGGUCGCCAUGGAGACACGUCACGCUGUCGUAUGAUGAAUGAUUGGAUGCAGACUUUGCUUAAACUGCACAGCUGAGACGUUUACUGACCGCCGGACUCCGCGGCCUCGACUCCUCACGCUUUACAGACACCAAGCUUCGCCGCUGCUUUUUCACUUUUUAGGCCAAGAAGGAAAACGUUUCCGAUCCUGCCACAGUUUCCUUCAGAUAAAAUAAGCUUAAAAUCCAGAAGUGCUCCUCAUCAGGUUUUUACACUCGGCUGUAAUCAGUGUGUGAAUGGAUUUAUUCUGCUGUUGUUGUUGUUGUUUUUAUUUUAUUGCAUUUGCUUGAUGUUGUGCUUUUUAAAGACGAACUCACAGCCUGCAGCUUCUGACACUGCAGCAGACCAACGACUCGACUCUUAGAGGCUUUUAUUGAAUUUUCUCAGAUGCUGGUUUGAGGGUGGGGGGUUCAGGGGGGAUGUUUUCAUUUGAAUAAUAAACCUGAGGAGUUUCUAAAACCA